GACUCCAAAAACCUUAUCACCUCAAAAAUAUCUCAAAAGCUCUUCAAUUUUCUCUGCGGUUCUUUGCUUGUUUGAUUGAUUCUCUGCGGUUGCAAUGGCUGGAAAGGGAGAAGGUCCGGCGAUCGGGAUCGAUCUCGGAACGACUUACUCGUGCGUCGGUGUUUGGCAGCACGACCGCGUGGAGAUCAUCGCCAACGAUCAGGGCAACAGGACGACGCCGUCUUAUGUGGCUUUUACUGACACCGAGAGGUUGAUCGGCGAUGCGGCCAAGAACCAGGUCGCGAUGAACCCCGUCAACACCGUCUUUGAUGCCAAGCGGUUGAUUGGUAGGAGAUUCUCUGACCCUUCUGUCCAGAGUGACAUGAAGCUCUGGCCUUUCAAGGUCAUUCCAGGACCCGGUGACAAGCCCAUGAUUGUUGUCACAUACAAGGGCGAAGAAAAGCAGUUCGCUGCUGAAGAAAUUUCCUCCAUGGUUCUCAUUAAGAUGCGUGAGAUUGCGGAGGCCUAUCUGGGUUCAUCUGUGAAGAAUGCCGUUGUUACUGUUCCGGCAUACUUCAAUGACUCUCAGCGUCAGGCUACCAAGGAUGCCGGGGUCAUUGCCGGCCUUAACGUGAUGCGUAUUAUCAAUGAGCCCACUGCUGCCGCUAUUGCAUAUGGUCUUGACAAGAAGGCAACCAGUGUUGGUGAAAAAAAUGUGUUGAUUUUCGAUCUUGGUGGAGGCACUUUUGAUGUCUCUCUUCUCACCAUUGAGGAGGGUAUCUUUGAAGUGAAGGCAACUGCUGGAGACACCCACUUGGGAGGAGAAGAUUUCGACAACAGAAUGGUGAACCAUUUUGUUCAAGAGUUCAAGAGGAAGCACAAGAAGGACAUCACUGGAAACCCAAGAGCUCUUAGGAGGUUGAGAACUGCUUGUGAGAGGGCCAAGAGGACUCUCUCAUCCACUGCUCAGACCACCAUAGAGAUUGAUUCUUUGUACGAGGGUGUCGACUUCUACACGACCAUUACCCGUGCUAGGUUCGAAGAGCUUAACAUGGAUCUCUUCAGGAAAUGCAUGGAGCCAGUUGAGAAGUGCUUAAGAGACGCAAAGAUGGACAAGAGCUCUGUCCAUGAUGUUGUGCUUGUGGGCGGUUCUACUAGGAUUCCGAAGGUGCAGCAGUUGUUGCAGGACUUCUUCAAUGGAAAGGAGCUCUGCAAGAGUAUCAACCCAGAUGAGGCCGUUGCUUAUGGUGCCUCUGUGCAGGCUGCGAUCCUGAGUGGCGAGGGUAACGAGAAGGUUCAGGAUUUGUUGCUUCUUGAUGUCACUCCUCUGUCUCUCGGUUUGGAGACCGCUGGAGGUGUGAUGACUGUUUUGAUUCCGAGGAACACUACCAUUCCAACCAAGAAGGAGCAAAUCUUCUCUACCUACUCGGACAAUCAGCCUGGUGUCUUGAUCCAAGUAUACGAGGGUGAAAGGACAAGAACCCGUGAUAACAACUUGUUGGGCAAAUUCGAGCUUUCCGGCAUUCCUCCUGCUCCAAGGGGCGUUCCACAAAUCACCGUCUGCUUUGACAUUGAUGCCAAUGGUAUUUUGAAUGUCUCUGCCGAGGACAAGACUACAGGGCAGAAGAACAAGAUUACCAUCACCAAUGACAAAGGAAGAUUGUCCAAGGAGGAAAUAGAGAAGAUGGUUCAAGAGGCUGAGAAGUACAAGUCGGAAGAUGAGGAGCAUAAGAAGAAAGUGGACGCCAAGAAUGCUCUGGAGAACUACGCCUACAACAUGAGGAACACGAUUAAGGAUGACAAGAUUGCCUCCAAGCUCGAUGCAGCUGACAAGAAAAAGAUAGAGGAUACGAUUGACCAGGCCAUUCAGUGGCUUGACGGAAACCAGCUUGCUGAGGCUGACGAGUUUGAGGACAAGAUGAAGGAGCUUGAGGGCAUCUGCAACCCGAUCAUUGCCAAGAUGUACCAAGGUGCUGGUGGUCCUGAUGUCGGUGGCGGCAUGGAUGAUGAUGUUCCUCCUGCUGGUGGCAGCGGUGCUGGUCCCAAGAUUGAAGAAGUCGAUUAAGCUGGUUUUUGUCGAUCCAAGUUGUGUGUUUUGAAGAAAGCGGUGGAGGUGAAGCUAGUUAAAGUGUUGUUUUGUUUGUAGUAGUAUGAUUUGGGAUUCAAGUUAAAAAUCCAAGAUCUCGGAAGUUUGGUGAUCUUGGUCGUUUUGUUGAACAUCGGAUUGCUGUAUUUGGCCAAUGAAGCCUAUUUUCUUUCUAA